GCAUCAGUACAUCGCUCUCGGACUGAGCCCACUGCUUAAAGCGCCAAGAUAGAGGACACCGGGGUCAUGGCGGGGUUUCUGGUUUGGUUCUGGAACGAGAGGUUUUGGCUCCCUCAUAAUGUGACCUGGGCCGACCUUAAAAACACGGAGGAGUCCACGUUCCCGCAGGCGGAGGAUCUGUAUGUGGCGUGUCCUCUGGCCUUCUGCAUCCUCAUCAUGCGCCUGGUGUUUGAGAGGUUUAUCGCAAGACCAUGUGCUCUGGGAUUGAAGAUUCAGGCAAAUGGUCCUCAGAAGGCUCCACAUAAUGCCAUACUGGAGAAAGUCUUCACUGCUAUCACCAAGCAUCCUGAUGAGAAGAGGUUAGAGGGCCUGUCAAAGCAACUUGACUGGGACAUGAGGACAAUCCAGCGCUGGUUUCGACAGAGACGUAAUCAGGAGAGGCCGAGCACUCUGACCCGCUUCUGUGAGAGCAUGUGGAGGUUUACAUUUUACCUGUACAUAUUUACCUUUGGGGUGCGGUACCUUAAAAAGAGCCCUUGGCUGUGGAACACUAGAGAAUGCUGGUACAACUACCCAUAUCAGGCUCUAACAGUGGACCUGCAUUAUUACUACAUAGUGGAACUGUCUUUCUACCUGUCGCUGCUCUUCUCUCAGUUUACAGACAUCAGGAGGAAGGACUUUCUGAUCAUGUUCAUGCACCACAUUGCCACCAUCUCUCUGAUCUCACUCUCUUUUGUAAACAACAUGGCUCGAGUGGGCACGUUGGUCAUGUGCCUACAUGAUGCUGCAGAUGUACUUUUGGAGGCAGCUAAAAUGGCCAACUAUGCCAAGUGCCAGAGGCUUUGCAAUCUCCUGUUCAUCAUGUUCGCCCUGGUUUUCAUCAGUUCCAGGCUGGGGUUAUAUCCUGUAUGGGUUUUGAACACCACUUUGUUCGAGAGCUGGGAGAUUGUGGGGCCGUACCCAUCCUGGUGGGUGUUUAACAUCCUGCUUGUGCUGCUUCAGGCCUUACAUACAUUUUGGUCCUAUCUCAUAGUGAAGACAACCUGUAAGUCAAUCUCCAGAGGAAAGGUGUCAAAGGACGACCGCAGUGACAUCGAGUCAAGUUCUGAUGAAGAGGAAGUGGCGCCAUCUUCCCACAAACACCACACUAAUGGUACCAACGGGGCUCACGGCUCUAACGGCUUCCUGUGCUCGUCCCUGUGUCCUGAUGAACACUAAACGUCCUCCAGCCCACUGCGGCCUGCUUUGUUAGCCUGUACAGUACUCAUACACGUCUAAACAUGAACAACGUUGCCUGUAUGCUACUGCAAGUUCUACAACAGGAUUGGUUUUAUAUUGUAUUGUUUAUAGCCACUUAGUUGAACAUCAGUUGGUUCUUCUUCUAGCUUUAGCCACUCUUGUUUUUUGUGAAUGAAAAUCUCUCAUCAUGCUAGCAUGCUGCUGUGGUCAUGUAGUUACGGAUAAAUGGGAGCGUAACAUGGUUUUAUUUAUUUAUUUUUAUAUCUAUAUAUGUUUAGGUUUAUUGUCCAUUUCACUGUUUAAAGUGGUGCACUAUACAGUAUAACAAUAAGUCACUAUUUCAAGAUUCACCAGUACAACAGCUUUUACAUACGAUACGUAUUGUGUUUUUAAAUUCUUUAUCAUGAUUUUAAAUCCAGUGAAUGCUGUUUAUUACGCUCACCGGUACAAUGUAUGAAAUGCUUUAUACGAAAUGCCAACACCAACUUCUGUAUUUGCACUAGUGAGAUGAUUCUGUAACAGUAUUAUGUGCUCAUGUGUUUACUUUGCUGUAUUUUUAUCCACUUCAAAUCAGGUAUUGCUCUGUGAUCGUACCUACAGUUACUUUCAUCAUUUACAUUCAUUAUACAUUAUGUUUGAAAACUAAAAAUGCCAAAAAGCAGGUGAAACCCGGUCCAAGAAAAACUAGUCCUGACAGUUCAAUUAAAAUUUAAAGAAACUGUAUGACAUGACCUAUUACUAAUAGUCUUAUCAUGAUUUAAAUACAAAACUUAAAACUGAUGUCAUGGAACUGAUUGCUAAUAACAGUUUAAUUUUGUAA